AUGAUGCAGCGCGAGAAACUUCCGGCGCCGACAUUCAAAACUAUGGAAGAAAAUACGAGUAUUUUAAAACUACAAAUAAAACAUGGAAAUAAAGACGUUUCACCCGACGAUGAUAACGAAGGUAAAGGGACACAAAAGCGACAAUCCUUUAUGUCCGAAAGCGACACCAAUAAAAGUCCGUCUUUAUCUCUAAAAGUCACCGAUGUACAAACUGUUUCCAAUGAUGAGACGGGCUCAGACAAACUCUCCGCGGAAAUCAACGGGGAGAUAUCGGAAAAGUCCACGAAAUCUUGUACUAAACUUAAAAACGAUAAUGAAUCUACAGAGGAAUUGUCUGAAACACGCCCCAGUUGUCCUGCUAACGCUACAGAACUGGACGUUCAUUGCGCAGAAAACAAAGAAAACUACUCCCAGCCACAAGAAAGCAUCUUUAUGGAUAACAACAAGGACAAACAGCACAAACUGGAUCAGAAUAAUGAAGACUCCAGCUUAGGCUCUACAGAACAGGAGAGCAGUGCAGAGAUCCUAAAGAGAGCACAGGAGGAGGGUCGGGUCAGUGUGGUAUUUCCUGGAACAGUCACUCAGGACGGGUGCUGCCGAUUUGUUAGUGAGAUACUCAAGUGUGUGCUCUACCAAAGGCAGCAGCUUCCAAUGACCUAUGACCAACUCGUAUACUCACAAAAGAAACAGCAGGCGACAAUGCAGGACAAAGACACAGUGAGGAAGAGACCAGUACAGGGGGCAGACAUAGACUGGAGGAAAUGCCAGCAGACCCUGCAGGAGCUGGAGGAGGUGCUGCAGCAGUUGGAGGUGCUGUUUUCUCUGAGCAGAGUCCCUCGGGUGCUGCUGCUGAUGGGUGGCACCUUAGUCCUUCCAAAAGAGAUGUACGAGAUCAACAUGGAGGGUUUGAUCCUGGCAUCUGGAGACAAAAGCUUGCGUGUUUCGUCUUGUUUAAGGCAGCUCUUCCGUAACCUCUUUGUGGCUGAUCUUUUGUCUGACACCAAGCCGGUUCGUUUAAUGCCCACCACUGUGUUUGUGCUAGCUCACAGAGACUGUGGGGUGGGCUGGUUUCGCCCCAAACUACAGUUUAAAGUCCCAACUCGGGUCAAGAGCAAAGUCAUGGCUCUGGCCACUGACCUGUGCUCCUCCAAGGAUCUACAAAGGGAUGAAUUGGACUGGGAUGAUUAUAUCUGGUUUCAGGCACCAAUGACUAUCAAGGGCUUCAGUAAUGGCAAGGCUUAAGAAAUUGUACCUUAAUUUUUUUGUGGUUGAAAAUGUAACACAAAACAACAAACCUCAAGUACAGAUUGUAAUUCAAAGGAGUUUUUAUUUAAACAAAAUAACACAAUAUAGAACCUGUAUGAAAUGCUGUCAAAUAAGGAAGCUUGUGCUGGUGAGUGCUAAUUGUUAUAUAAAUAUUUAACUGAAAUAAUGCAUUAACAAAUUCAUAUUUUGUGAGCAAUAAAGUGGUGAUUUCUUCUA